CCUGGAGGCAUCGGGUCCCUAGGAGUCUUCCGAGCGAAGGGGUCCGGCGCGCAGCCCCGCGGCAUUCCGCUGCGGCGACCCCUCCGGAGGGGGAAGCCGAGUUCCCGGAAGUCAUUUUGCUGGGAAUUGCUGGUUCUUGUGCCGAGAGGAGCCUCGGAAGGAAAAAGGCGUGCACCAUGGUGACGGAGCAGGAGGUGGAGGCCAUUGGGCAGACACUGGGUGACCCCCAGCAGCCCCUGCAGGCCCGCUUCCGGGCACUCUUCACACUUAGAGGGCUUGGCGGCCCCGACGCCAUUGCCUGGAUCAGCCGGGCCUUCAGGGAUGACUCCGCCCUGCUCAAGCACGAGCUGGCCUACUGCUUGGGCCAGAUGCAGGACCGCCGAGCCAUUCCUGUGCUGGUGGAUGUGCUGCGUGACACCCACCAGGAGCCCAUGGUGCGCCACGAGGCAGGGGAGGCUUUGGGUGCCAUCGGGGACCCAGAAGUUCUGGACAUCCUGAAGCAGUACUCCGCUGACCCUGUUGUCGAGGUGGCUGAGACGUGCCAGCUGGCCGUCUGUCGGCUGGAGUGGCUGCAGCAACACAGCGGGGAGCCAGCAGCAGCGGGGCCCUACCUCUCCGUGGACCCGGCCCCUCCGGCCAAGGAGCGGGAUGUGGGGCGGCUGCGGGAAGCGCUGCUGGACGAAGCCCUGCCGCUGUUCGACCGAUACCGAGCCAUGUUCGCCCUCCGGGAUGCCGGCGGCGAGGAGGCUGCCCUGGCGCUGGCUGAGGGCCUUCACUGUGGCAGCGCCCUCUUCCGCCAUGAGAUCGGCUACGUGCUCGGCCAGCUGCAGCAUGAGGCGGCUGUGCCCCAGCUGGCUGCGGCCCUGGCCCAGAGGACUGAGAGCGCCAUGGUGCGACAUGAGUGUGCGGAGGCCCUGGGAGCCAUUGCCCGCCCCACCUGCCUGGCUGCCCUGCGGGCCCACGUGGCCGACCCCGAGCGCGUGGUGCGGGAGAGCUGCGAGGUGGCCCUGGACAUGUACGAGUACGAGAGGGGGCCGGCCUUCCAGUAUGCGGACGGGCUGGAGCAGGUGCGCUCGCCCUCCUCCUAGAGCUACUGCCCGCCUGGUCCGGGGCCUCUACCCUGAGGACUCAGCAUAUAAACUGAAUUUGUGUGAAUCGGAUCUUGCUUCCCUGGCUCCCUGAACCUGCUCACUUGGCCGGAUCUCAGCAGCUUUUGCAUCUUGAUUACCCCCAGGACGAGGCUGAGGUCUCUGCUGUCCCGACGGAGGGCCUAGCACAGGCUGCAGUGUACGGGCGGGAUGUCAGCCUGGGAGCGAGGAUCUGGGGGUGGGGGUGCAGGGGUGGGGCUGUGCUCUGGGGAGGUUGUGUGGCCCAGCUUCUCCAGGAAUGAGGGGGUGCAGAGAAAGGCACUGUGGGGAAUCUGUGCCCUGUGGGCCUGGGCAGGAUCUGGGCCUCUAACUCCCCACCUGGGGCCCUGGGUGGGCUGGGCUAGGGACUUGGGACACGUGACAAACAGGCCCCAGGCACUGCUUACGUGGAAUAUUAAAUUAUUUUUGCCGAGCA